GGCAAAUUUUCAAGAUGGCGGCAGCUAGUGUCGAGGUUUAUGUAACUAGACCUUACUUUUUACCAAGUUCUUUCUGAUUUUCACAGAUUUUUUAAGUUUUCAGUGGUUGUAUACAGUUAUAAGCACUUGGCUUUUAUCGGAGUGGUGUCUAAAGGAAACUUUUUCCUUGGUUACAUUGAAGCAGUCGUAAGAGUAACGAGCUUACAUAACAUCUAAGUUCAACAAGGAAGAAGGAUAUUUUUUUAAAAUGAGCCGUACAGUGCUACAAACAAGAACUAUUAUCCCUCUUUUCAGGACAUCUAUUCUAAGUAAACUUUCAAGUGAAUUGGUUGCAUGUACUUCACGGCCAAUUUCAGCUUGUGCUGUAUGCGGGAAUGAACGCCUUCAAAGCAAUCAAACUCAAAGACAGAAGAUUUUGGCGCUCACUAAAACACAAAUGGCGGGGUUCUCAACGAAGGAAAAUCAAUAUCCGGUACGUACAUGUAGUUUUAGUGGUAGGGAUAGUUACUUAAUGAAGGGCAAUUUUUUUUAGAAUUUUUAUUUGGUAUUUGACUUUGCACUUCUCCACUGAAAUAGAACAAGCUUAUCGUACUAGUGGCUCUGUGGCUUGCCGGUUUAGGGUCCGGGGGGUACUCAACAAAUCUUUAUGUCCCACCCCUCACCCUUUUAUAAACCAUUUUUCAUGGAAAAGGUACCCCUUUCGAAUACCUUCUAUGGACAAAUGAUCCCCUCUCACAUACCUUGUUUACAUUUUUACAUCCCUUUUAACUGCUGUAAAUGCACUGUCCGUUAAAUAAGAAUCAAUCACAAAAAUGCAACAUUUUUUUGACUUUAUAAAGCCAUAAAAUUCAUCUGUUAGCCCUUGUGGUCCCUGUCACAGACCCAAGUGACAGAUUUCCCUACCCUUUUGUAUACUUCAACCAGUGAAAUCCCUAUAAUAAUUUAUUACAUUUAAUAUAGCGCUUUAACUAUUAAAAUAUUCUAAAGCGUUUUACAAUAUGUACAAGAAAAUAAGUGCCUACCCUCUCAUAUAACUGAAGCUUGCAGACCUUUCAGGUGGAACCUUCCCGUAUAGACCUUCAUAGGGAGUACCCCUCCCCCCCCCCACCCGGGGUUUAAGGUCAGGUCACCUUGAGGUCACUCUGGGAGCAGAGCCUCCUUUUGUCUUCUUGAUCAAGGAGGUGAAAAGGAGGCUCCACUUGAAUUGUGUCAAGCCUUUGAAGUGACCGUAGCCCUAAUUUCUGGGCUAGUCAAACUUAUUUUCUCUUGUCAAACUUAUACCUGACCCCUCUGUCUCAAAUGUGCUGCUAAUAAGCCUGGGUUCAAAACUGAAUCCAAGCAAUAUGUAUUGCAUGUGCAACGAAAAUCUUCCUUGAUUCAUCAAAACAAGAGUUCUGCCUUUUAUUGUUGGGGCACUUGGGAUAAUCCUAAAAGGAUUAGUUGGCCAUCUUGAAAGCAUAGGGGUGAAUCUUCGUGUGGCUCAGAUUCAAAAGACUGCCCUAUUAAGAACAGCACAAAUCCUCCAAGGUUCUUUCCUUUGUCUUCUGUAAAUAAUCAGGGCCAAGAAACAAAGGACAUUAUAAAUCACAUUAGACUGAAUACUGGACUGGUUAACCUGAUAAUGGAUUUUACCUACAACCCUUACACAAUUUAACUUUUCUUUGCUGCAAUCACAACAAUUAUUUUUUCAUUCUUGUAGAAUCUUAAUUCAGCUAUUUUGGAUAACCCAGGUAUGUAAUUUUAUGGGAAAAAAUGUAAAGUUGUGAUUGCCCUCAGUUACUUUGUUUAAGGUACAUUUAGGCGAAUGAAAACUAUGGAGUGACAGUAAGCCCAGGGUACCAGAGAGUGAAUAUGUGACCGUGCACAGGAAAACGUACCUUAACGCUUAUCCGUUAGACAAGCAAAAGUGUUAAGCAUCCGUUAGUCAUCUGUUAGAAAGUUUUCUUCAGAACGUUAGAGGUGUUAGCCCAGCCGUUAGACGUUAGCAUGAGGCCGUUAGAACGGACAGUGUAACCGUUAGCAAGAGACAGAUAUCCGUUAGCCGUUAGCAUCAGACCGUUAGACGGGUCAGCAUAACCGUUAGCAAAAACUCUGCAUCCGUCAGCACGGCUAGAGAAGCCGUUAGGAUCCGUUAGAAUAAACUAGUAUCCGUUAAAUAACCUUCUUCCGUUCCCUUUAAGGUAUCAUCCGGGUAAAAAAUAAUCAUUUUUCGAAAUUUUCAAUUUUUAGAUGAUUAAGUAGAGCUCAUCAAGAGCUUUCUUUUAAAAAAAAUUCCAGGAAAAAAUUUUUUUCUGUGCAGACCUAUGGAGCGCAAAAGUUUUUUCUAUGCUAAUUAAUUUAAUUGAUCGUUGACAAGUCCUGUCAUACUUGAUACGCAUGCCGCUGUUGAACCAAGCUAAUCAUGCAAUUUGACAGAAAUCGUAGUCUACAAUAGUGCUCACUGUUCUUCCCUGGAUUUUGGAAGUGAAUGCCUCCAAAGAAGAAAAAAAGAGCUUGUCCGUUUUCGUCCUCGACUCCCAGACGAAAGAAGACGACAAAAUCGUUUUGGAAAGUGUGGGCUUCGAAAUUAGCGGACAAGGGCUUCUACUACAAUCAAGAAAAAUGGCUAAAAGAUGACAAAGCUUCUGAAAAACCCAUUGAAACUACCGUGAAAUUGAGUUUCACGAGUUUCUUAGCGAGCGGAGCCAGCUUUUUAGGCUGCAAAGCGGCCAAGCGGGCGACAAAUUCACGACUGGUCCCGCGCCACAAAAAAAAUUGGACAAAGGAGUUUUUUGAAAGUCUCCUGUACAUGUAGCAGGAGAGCAGCUUCAAGAAAAACUCCAGGAAGCGGUUUGUUGUCAAUUUUUCCAGGGAAGUGUCGAACUUUUAGAAAAUGUAUCAAGUAAAAGUUGGCUUGGCUCAAGAUGAAAACUGCCCGUCGCAAAUAACUAAAAUGCUUUCUGGACAACAGAAGGAUCGAACAGAGCAGGGCCUUUGAAAUAAAUUGUUGUCAAGUUUCGUUUGUAUCGUCUUCCUACUAUGUCACUAUUGUUGUCCCUUUUCUGGUACGCAUCAACAUUGACAGCUUUGGUGUUAUAAUCUGUUAUAAUCUCAUCACGGGUAAUACGCCGCCAAAAAUCUUUUUCCCCUGUUUUCUCGAAAUGAAAAUCAGGGCAAGUUGAGGGUACAUUUUAAACUCCAAGUUGGCAACCCGUGAACAAAUUUGGCUAAAAUUUGGCCAACUUACUGUCAGAUAGUUUUUCUAAAAAAACGUGUCUGCAAAUUUUGAUUUCUCUUUUCGUUUUCGAGUAAGAGUAUUUUUUUCACAGGUAGUGCUAAUGAUUUGCUAUCCCUGACUUCACCUUCUUAUAACAAAAGAACAAACCCACUUGACAAAAAUCUGAGACACGGUUUUUUAGUCAAACGUGUUAAGAAGCGAAUGAGAUCUUAAUUGGCUUCUUCCGUUUAUUUUUGGCUGGCCUGGACUUAAAUUUACAGUGACACCCACUCUCACAAAAAGCUUCUCAUUUCCGAAACCCGUUAAUAUUUUGAUUUUUUAAAAGGAAUUAGCAAUAAUCUGGAACUAUUAAGCUUUAAGAAAAUGUACAGUUUAUGGGGGUAUUUAUUAAAAGCAAAAGCCCUAGCGCCGAUCAACGCAAGGAGGGUGGUUGAGGGUGGAUGAUACCUUAAUCGCUAUUUGCAAUCAUUAAAAUAAUUAAGUGGUCUUUGUCGUUCGAACUUAAGUAGAAUAAUAUUAUUUGGUUUCAAUUCACAAAGUGGGGGUUCAAAAAUUUGCAUAAAGUUGUUUACAUUUUCCAAGAUGUGAGAAACUGCCAUAUUCCGCGGAAAGGUUGAUGAAUAUUUUGAUAGACUUUUGUCUAACUCUGAAUCAGACGAAACUAAUUUUAAAUUACAUGCAUGUGACGAAAACAACUUUAUCUGGUGAAACCAGCGCCAACACUUUGUCGCUUCGAGACUGACUUCGUGACUUCAAAAGGCAGCGCUUUUCGCAUCCUCGCUCAAGAUAGAAAGCGUAAUCUUUCGCGAAUCCACGGCUGGCCCGGGUAAAACAGUUACUUUAGAAAAACUCUUGACAGAGUCAUGGUGUAAAAAAUAAAAUAAGUACAAGCGACAAAUCCAUUUGAGUAAAACAAUAAAAAAUGUUCACCACGACUGGCGAUUAAAAUUGUUUACACACAGGUUUAGUGAUGUUAGGUUUGCUUCUCACACAAUAAUAAAGGACUCGAACCAUUAAACAGUCAUCCGUUAGAACAAACUGCGUAACCGUUAGAACGUUUUCUUCAUCCGUUAGACAUACUUAGUUAGCCGUUAGACCGUUAGGAGAAAGCGUUAGAACGUUUUGAUCAUCCGUUAGGCACAACUAGAUAACCGUUAGAACAUUAGGACAAAACGUUAGAAUGCUGUGAAGGCCGUUAACAAUCCGUUAGCUAUCCGUCUGUUAGAGAGCAUUUAACGGAUAAGCGUUAAGGUACGUUUUCCCGUGCACGGUCACAUAUUGAUUUGUGUCAACUUCUAGUGAAGGGAAAUUCUUGUGUGGAAGGUAUUUUGGACAAUAAUAAUUAAUUAAUUAUUUAAUUAUUAAAGCUAUUAUAUAUUAAUUUUUAAUGUAGACUGGGAAAUGGCUUGCAUUACAGAUUUUGUUGAGUGAUACAAAUCAAUGACCUUUUCACUCUUCUUGAGUAAGGGAGUAAUUAUGCCAGAGCUUCUUUUCUGCUCUAAUGGUAGCCUUUUUUGUGGUGUGCCUUGUUUUCGUCUUAUAAUGGUAUUUAUUGUCAUGGACAACACCUUCCAUUUUCUUUGUUAUCUUGGUCUGGUCAUGAUACAAGGAAAAUGAUGUCAUUAUUCUGCUUUUUUUUUGCAAGCAUUCUGCUCCACGGAGAAGAAUGUUUGGAAUACAUUAAGCUUACAGUUGUAUUCUGGAAUUGGAAUAGUAGCAGACUUGCCAACCCCCAAGAGGCAAAAAUCUUAAGAUUCCUUAGUCCUGCGUCAGACUCUUUUCAGGAGCCAAACCUACAAACAAAUGUAAUUCAAAUUAUGGCCAACCCAAAUUAUUUAGACUGGAUGAAUUGAUUCAGAAGCUGAUCUUUAUUAGAGCUGAACUAAAUUUAAAGGAGGAAAUUUCUCAGUUCAGUCAAACUGCUUACAAAAGACGUUAUAACAAUUUAUGCAUUAGGUUCAGCACAUGGAAAGUUUGACGUCUGAAUCAAACGUUUUCCAAAGUCUACCCAAAAUAGAAAUCUUUGGCCUGGCUAGGCCAAUAAUUAAAACAGGCAUUCCUAGUUGAUUCAGAUGUUGAACUUUUCAUGUAGUUAAUUCAAUGUAUUAGGUUUCGGCUCAUGAAAAGUUCAGUGUGUGAACCGGGCCUUACCCAUAUUGUACAUGUAGAACUGGAAAAAAUAGUGAGAAGUGAGAAAAGUGUUGAGAUGUCCCAAAGUUCGGAACAACUUGUCAGUGUAAGAAGUCAUAUUAAAUGUACAUGUAUCAUUUUAAAGCCAGAGCAGUAAACAACACCAUCAAUCUUUGUCACUGCUGACAUGCAGAAAUUUGAGAUGAGAUGAGAUGAGAGAUUUAGGUUUAUUCUAACAGUGAGUCUGAACAUCUAGUGGCAGCAGCAAGUCGUGAUAGGCUGAAGAAUGUAAAAAACUCAUAAGAGUGUGAGAUAGGUUGUGAGACUUGACCAGUCUGUAGUAGGCUAAUCAAAUGAAUAUCCCAGGUUUUUCUUCUUAUAAUUUCAGAGUAAUAACACACCUUAGUAAGCCUCUCUUUUUAAGACUGAGAAGAAAAUAAUAUUAUUGAUGUAACGGAGCCUAACAGAACUUUGUUUCCUUUUCCUAUUUCAUUGUAGGGUUCAGGAAGGAUGUUGUUAAAUUCUGUACUCAGCUAAAUGUAAAUAUCCAAGACAUAAAUCAUCUGCUAGCUCCAUUUACUCAUGAGUCAUACCUUCUGGCAAAUGUCCACAAGCUGUCUGGGCCUCAUGAGAGUAAUGAAAGGCUGGCAUUUUUAGGUAAGACUUGAAAUGUUUUUCAGUAAUCAAGUUGUUUUAUUAGCUGUGGGAACAUUGGGUGUGGUCAUGCAGCAUGGGGGUUCUCACCAUGGAAAUAAAGCCAAGAUAAUUUUUUCUUUGGUUUUCAUUUGCUUUGGUAAGAUGUUAUAAAACAUGAAUCUGUUAUUAAUGUUAGUGAGCUGCUGUUACAGCUAAAUCAUUAGCUUAUCAAACCAGCAUUAGUUUUACCGUAAAUUAUAUCCAUUAUACUUUCAAUAUGAUGUAAAAAUACUGCCUUACGUGUUUACAGCUAUUUUGAGAAGCUUGCCAGGAAAAAUGUGUAUGCUGCGAUCCCGAAAGGUUAUAUGGGAUAUGAUCAAUACCCUGUUCCUGACACUGUAGCUGUAACUGUCCAUGGCCUCUUGUGACAUUCUUCCAAAUAACUUUGAAGAACAGUGAACUCAAAACUACCCUGCAGAAUACCUUUCUGGAUUAUCGCGUGCACUUUUUCUGACAAUCUUUCUCAAGAUAGCUGUAAACAGUGAUUACUUUGGCAGUAGUGCAAAAUAGGACAUAAUUAAGAAAAAACACUUUCUUUGUGUACUGUUUUGUGUUAUUGUUAAGCCAAGCAUAGUGACUGUUUUUUUGUUGCCUUGGGUAGCCAAAAGUACCUGACCUUUUUUUAUCAUAAUAGGGAUUCCCUAGCCUCUGACAACUAUGGUGACCCCAUGUUACUUUCAUAAAAAAAGAAAAAUAGAAUCAAAAGAACUCCCUUGCUGUACAAUUCCUUGCCUAGUAACUUUGCAUAUACCUAGCAACUUGAAAUUUUAGUGACAGCAUCUUCAUGAUGUUUUCCUAGGUGCACAAGUUAUGAGAAAGUGUGUUACAGAGCACCUCUACCACAAUUUUCCUGAACUUUCAGCAAGAGAAAUUUGGUAGGUGCCUUGAGGGAUUGUGAAGCAUGGUAUUCAGUUAUGUUUUUACUAUUUUGGAGUACAGUGUAGCUUUUUAAAGUAAUUUACCAGUAUUCAUUAAGUGUGUUCGUGUAUUUUAUGGCAAAUGCAAGAACCAUAAAAGUUAAAUUUAUUUGUAUUACCGUAUUUAUUCGACUAUAAGCCGAGCAAUUUUUACACAAAAUUAAAACUGAAGUGAAUUAAAAUUUGGGCUCUAGAGGGGGUCUCGGCUUAUAGCCGAAAGUUUUUGAAAAAAAAUUUUUUUCAGCGCAUGUAAACUCUACUAAAUCGAGAAGUAUUUACGUACAAGCCGAGCUAAAGUAAAGAAACACAAUAAUUAUGCAAUCGUUGGUUAUUAACUUUUAAGAAUGUGGUGGCUCCUAAAGGAGCCGUUUGUUAAAUUUAAUGUGUUUUCACUGAAAAGAUAAAGAUUCUUGAUAGGGAAUAACCGUGACGCUGACGGGAUGUGAUUACAAAUCAAUGGAACUUGACUGUUUGCUGCUCCAAAUCUUCUGGGAGACGCUGAACGAGUGUUGUUUUGGUGCGAAGGCUGACGGAAUGGCGGCGCUUCCAUUUCUGGUACGAGCCGAGGGACGCUUUAAACUCAGAAUCCUCGCUGAAUUCCUUUGCCUUUAGACGUACCAUCAAUCCGCUAACAGCUAUUCCCAUAUGCAAAACGAAGUGAGAAGGUUACCAAACGAUCGAAAGGUUAAAAAUUUGACACGUCUUGAAUUUGUUUUGACAUCUGUGAAAACUGGCCAAUGAGAAUCUUUCAUACACAAUAUUGUCACAUGAUACUACGAUAGUUUUGAGAGUCACACAUUCAACUCAUAUUCACUCUGCAAUCAGCUGAUUGAUUUAUUUCGUGAUCUUGUUUCCGUUGUUUUAAAAUACAAAAUCAAUGCUCGACAAAAAACUUACCUUGGCUUCUCUGCUCUGUAAACCAUUCCAGUAUUCUUUGAUCGAGCUCCGGAUACUUCGGCGUGAAGCAUCCCAUCGUCUUCCGUUUCGCUGACAAUUUAAUCUCGCCGUUAAAAAGGUUCGCUUGAUCUUUCCUCCAGCGACGGACCAUGGACUCACUGAUGCCAUAUUCUCUGGCGAUUUCAGAGUUAUUUUCAACAGCUUCUGCUUCGGCGACUAUUUUAAGUUUAAGCGCGAGGUUGUAUGACGUGCGACGAGCCUUGGGCCGGGCAUGAUGACAACUUGACUUGAAAUAGACGAUUGCGAACACGAGAUUGUUUGAUAGACGCUACGGAUGUCUAGGUACUGGUGAUACGGCUUAACAACACAGUUAGUUUUAGAUUCAUUUUUUGGAUUACAUUAAUUCAUCUGAGUUAUGAUUCAUUGCUUUUCAAUUGAAUAGUUAGUUACGGGUAAUCUUUAUUAAUUCGCGUGUGUUUUCUCUUUUGUUAUCGUCUAAGCCUCAUUUAUGACAAUCAAUGUGAUUUUUUUCCGAAAAUGUUAGGUUUUUCCGUAGUUAACAAUUCAGUCAUGUAAUAAUGAAUGGGUCUCGGCUUAUAGCCGGGUGUUUUCGAUUUAUUUUUGGUUCUCGUUAUGCCGAGUCUACGCGUUCAAAGUUUGGGGUCUCGGCUUAUAGUCGAAUAAAUACGGUAAUAAUUAUUGUGAGUAUUAUUGUCUCUGAAUAGUUUGUAUUCAGGAUACUUUAUUACCUUUAGGAUCCUUAUUUUUGGAUUCUUAUUGUGUUAAAAAUGUUAUGGUUAUUAUUUAACAAAUACUAAAGGUACACCUAAAACUCUCUGUAUUUCACUUGAGAAACAAAGAAUAUCAUUCAUCAAAAUAAUCUGAUCUAAUGUUCUUCUUUUAUAAUAGAACUCUAUUUGACUUAUUGUUUCAGGGAUGUGCAGACAGGAUUAUUAGAAGAUCAUGUUCUCUCUAAAGCCCUUGAAUGGAAUAUAAAAGCAAUAACCCUUUACUCAGUAAGUUUGUUUUGACUUUCAACUACAAUUUGUUGUGAUAGUAACUACUAUUGCAUUGUUAAUAUUUUUUGUAAUAAAAUAUGCAACAUGGUUAUUCUUAAUUCUGUGGUCUUAAAAUUCUUAGCCAAGCUACGUGCGACAUAACUCCAACAAAGCUGCCAGUACUGCCUGCAAUACCUUUCCGAUAUGAGAACAGAAGUCGCCAGCAACAGAGACCACGUCAGUCUUUACUGCCGGCAUGCCUGUGAAGUUGACACAAGUUUGACUUCGCAGGCAUGCUCCCAGUAAAGACCUGCAAUCUUUCUCAAGCCGGCAGCGUUAUUUCCUCAUAUGUUGGAAUAGUAUCACAGGCAGUACUGGCGGGUACGUCAUAGGUACUUGGACAGCAUAUGAGAACCGGGCUUUAUUUUGUCAUGCUGCAUUACUCCUUUUUAAUCUUGUAACAGAAAUUUAUGAAGUCUGAAGUUUCAGCCAUCUCUUCACCCCACCCCCUAAUGGGCACUCAGGCUUGGUCAUCUCUCGGAGGGACAGGGUGAAGAGAUGGCUGAAGAUUAUUUUAUGAGUCUUUGUGCAAUCUAGUCCAUGCUGCCUAGGUAAUUCUUCUCACAAUAUUGUUUCAGAGACAUCCCCAGGAUCUAAUGCUGCGUCAAACUGUUCUUGCUCUUGUAGGGGCAGUUUAUACUCGUGAGGUCAGUGCUGCUCAUUUAUGAAGUGCAAUUUUAAACAGUGAUUCCUAUGUGUAUUUUGACUACUCAUUAUGUUUAGAUUGAAGAAUAAUGAUCAGCAAACCACCAUUAGAAAAAUUUUAAAUGAACAGUACUGUAAACAACAUUAUUUGAAUUUGGCUUGCAUUUGAUAUAAAUUAUGAGAGCGUUAUCUGCCUUUGCCUGCAGUGCUGGUGGUUAACACUGUCCUCAAUCUGCAUAAUUUUUCAUAUCAUACCCAACCUUUGUUUUGUUAUCAGAGUCCUGAGAAGGCAGAUGCAUUUGUCAAGUCACAUCUUAUACCUGAGCUUACAAGAAAUGAGAUUGAAGAAGUAGUGAAGCUGCAACACCCAAAGUUUAUCCUUCAGUCAAUAGCAGAAAAAGUGGGUCACUUCCCUCUUAAAACAAGGUAAGUCAUUGACAAUAAUUCAUGCUUUGUGUAAGUCAAAUAAUUUUUUGUGAAGGAAAUCAAGGUGUAAAGAAAAUUCAGUUAAAUUCAUCAAUUCUUGUUUAACCCUUUCACGCCAAGUCCAAGUGAUGGCAAGAUUAUUUCUACACUAUUUCUACACUAACUAUUAAAUCUGUGGACAAGAUUCUUUGGUGUUAGUAAAGUUACCAUUCAGAUGAAACCUCUCGGGCAGAACUUUUGCAUAGUAUUAUUUUUAUUUCUUAGGAUUUUAAAAUCUAAAUCUAAAUACAUAAGAAUUUGAAUUGUUUUGUGAAUUUUUUCUUUGGCCAAUAUAUUAAGGAAUAAAAGGGGUUAAAUUAUUUCAUAAUAUAAUAUUUUGAGAGAAUCAGUAGUUGCAACUGUCUCUAGAAAAGAGGUGUAAGAUGAAUACCACUGCUGGGUCCUGCAGAGGUGUGUCUUAGAGAAGUGUCCAUCAUAUUAUUCUCUUUUUCAGGCUUGAUUACUCAAAAAAGAGUAAAUCACAUCUUCACUUAGAUAAUCCAUUCAGCUAUUGUGUCAGUGUUGUACGCGGCCAAGAAAAUGAGGUCCUUGCCCAAGGUAUUUCCCCACUUGGUUGUUCGUUGUUCAUUAAUUCUAGUUGAAGUGCGAUAGCAUUUUUAUUAGAGCAUUUUCUAGUCUAUGUGACUGCUAUUGAUAAAUCCCUCUUAUAGAAUCUCUUUGUACAAGACAGUGUAGUCUCCACCUGAUUAAGGGCCUGUUUGUAGACAAAGCUAUAGUGUAUACCUCUUGGGCAGGCUCUGUUACAUACCCUUUUAGGUCAAGGCUUUUUUUAAAUUCUAAUUCAUAGAAAUUUUAUUUGCAAUGCUUUGUUUUCCUCUCUGUUGGUUUCGGUUCAGUUCAGUUCAGUUUAUUCACACUUGUAUAUAAUAUUUACACUGUAUAUAGUAACGUAGGAAUAAAAUAACAGAUAAAAGAAAAAAAGGAAAGAAAGAAAUUUUAAAUGACUUUGAUAGAAGUGUAAGGUGGUCAGAGGAGCUGAAACAGUCAUUUAUAUGUAGUUAGCUUUGAGAGUUACCGGUAAGCAGAAUUCAUUUGUAUUGUGUUUUGAACACAGUACAUGUAGCUCCUUGAAUACUUGGCUUUGCACUUGUAGACAACUAAUAUUAUUAUUCUCAUAUUCCAUCUGAAAGUGAAGUUUUUAAAUUUAACAUGCAUUAAUGUUUCACUUUUAGAGGUCUCUUACAGUUUAACGUUGGCAGAGAAGAAGGUAUGACAUAAUUUUACAGGCAUGUGAAUGAAAUUAAAGAAGAGAAGUGGCAAUUUGUCAACAUUAGUCGGCUGGAUUUCUUUCCUUUGACAUGUUCAACAAGAAAGUGAAUACACAUUUAUAGUACUUCAAUCUACUUAUACUUUCCAUAGAUGCCUUAGGCUUCCUUGUCACAUUAAUUUUAUACUUAAAUUUAACAAGUUUUGUUCAUGUUGUAUAAGGUUUUGUGAGUGACUAAAUAAAUAAAAUAAGUAAAUAAAAUAAAUACGGUAAAUAAAUUAGACAACCCUUUACAUUAGCUGCUCUGGCUCCAUAAAGAAGUGGUUUUAAUAGAAGCUAUCUUUAUUUGACACUGUCUUGUUUAAAAGGAUGAAUUAUUUCAUUUUGAUGUCUUGUUAUGUUUGGCUAAACAUUAAGGUGAAGUGUUUUCCCUUGAAAUGUUUGGGUCACUCCUAAAUUACAGUGUUCCCUUCACUUUCAGGCGUGCCAGAAGGCCCUCAUAGCACAUUAUGGUGAGGAAUUCAAUAGUUUUCACUUAGCAAUGAAUGAUAAAGAUGAAUUUACAGUUGAGACAGAUGUUGACCUUGGUUUGAUAGCCUCUGAACAGAGAAUUGUGGAACUCGACAAGGUAAGAUUGUUUAGGGGUUAGGUUCAUCAAAUCUGUUGUCUAUUCAGCUUUGACUUUAAAAGGACUUGCUAAUAUAAAGUAUUUCUGAUAAUUUUGGUUUCAAGGGACAAGAACAAAGCUUUGGUUUUCACAUCAAGGGUGGUGAGAAACGAAAGAAGAGAACUGAACAGUGGCUUGUAUUCCAUUACACCACACCCAUCUUUAUAUCACACAUUGUACCUGGUGGUGUGGCAGACAUGUAAGUACAAGAUUUCACCUUGUCUUUUCGUAAUCAUUUUUGCCCCUUUGGUGACCACCAUGUACAACAACCAACCAUUAAUUAUCAGACUGCAGGUAGUCUCCCUUUUUCUGCAAAUUUAGUGAGGACAAUACACGUGCAUGUAAGCAUCAAGAUGUGAGAAAUUAGGCCCAAUGGAUUAAGUAAAAAGAGAGAAUGCUUGUAGUCUAAUUAUUAAUUUGCCAUAUUAAAAAAGGUUUACAUGAGCAGAACAUAAUUAUUAACUAAAUCAUUGAAAAACUACUCAGAAGAGCAAAAACUAAACUAGCUGAGCAGUUCCAACAAUGACAUCACAUUUUCUGGAAGGUGACAUGAAAAAAACACAAAAAAUCUAGAGGCGGUAAGAAAGCUAAUAGAGUAAAGUACAAGAUGAUUCAAAAAUCGAACAAUCGAUCAAUCUAACUAAUCUAAAGGAGUUAAAUUUAGAAAAAAACAAAAGAAUAAGAACAAUGUAGAAAAAAAUACCGGUACUGACACUUGUCAAGUUAAGUGAAAAAGGAGAAAAAACACAGUAAGAUGUAAUAUCUCUUUAUAAUGUUCAGGAUAACAUGAGGAAGACUACUGUGUAAUCACCAAAAACAUAUCUUGAUUAUGAAACUUGUUUUCCUUUAGUACCACAAGAAAUGUAGAGCUAAUUUUUGUUUGAUUUUGCAGGCACGGGGGAUUGUCUGUUGGUGACAGGAUUCUUGCUGUGAAUGACAGGGUAAGCUUAGCUAAAUUGUGAUAAUUUGUAUGAAAAAUUGUGAUGGGAGGGAUCUACUAAUUUUUAUUUCAGAUCUCAAUACCAUGCCCAUAUUGCAAGAUUCUGGUUCCUUGCAGUGCUUUUUGGAAACUUUGAUAAACCUCUCUGUAGUCAUUUAAAAUAAUAUGGAAGUCAACUGUCAUUAAGCCUUUACAGUAAGUUAGAGUUUUCGCUCUUUUUUUCUCUACUUCCAACUUUCAUGAAAGACAGAAAACGCUUUCUACGCAGGCUAACUCUCACUGUGUCCCAACAAAGAUCUGAUGGUUUGAUUGUAGCAAUUCGAAUUCAUUUGGCAAGCAAGUACCAUCAGGGAAUUUUUGAAGGGUAAAUCUUAUUGGCUUUUUGCAGACGAGUGUGUCACGUACAAUGGUACUGGCCAUUGUCAGGUUGUGCUUUGCCCCCCCAAAAUGCCCAGCUUCCCCCCCCCCCCAAAAAAAUAGUGUUAACAUUACAGAAUAUAAGUAACUAUAUCGGAAAAAUCAUCCAGACGCGAUGAGGUCAGUGCGUACACUGCAACAUUUCUCAAAAUUGUGUCUCAAAAUGCAGCAGAUUGCAUCUCACCGCAUAAAAAUUUCCGGGGGGCCAUGCCACCGGACCCCUCUAGGAAGCUUUGGCCUUCGGCCAAUUGGGAGUAAACGGUAAAUCCUAGAUAGAACCCUGGUGGGUGGCAAAAAUGACCGAGGCGCGCGACGGAGACUCUUCCCUCGCAUGUCCCCUUUGCAUGUCCCAUUCUUCCUUGCGCCCAUAUUACUUCAAUGUACCUUCUACAUAGGCUACCCAAAAGAGCCCUAUGGUAAAAAAUCAACACAACACUGACCCAGUCUCCAGUGAAGAUCAACAUGGCUUCAAAAUGGCUUCUAAAAGCAGCUUUUAUCCGUAGAAGGUUUAUUCAUGCACAGCAUAUUUUGUUUCCCUUAGAGUAUGGAAGGGCUUGAUCAUCAGCGAGCAGUUAAUCUGUUAAAAUCAGUCUCUGGUGAGUCAUUGAAAAUUAAACAUCAUCUGGGGCCCAGGAAACUCUGUUGGCUUACAAUUAUUCGGUUAAAAAAUUCACAGUAUAGUUUUGGUCACUUUUAACGUGUACAGACAAUUGGUCUCUCUUCUCUCCAUUUGAAGACCGCUUCCAUUGGUUUGCUAAGUAUUACAUUUUUUGAUUGAUUUGUGAUUGGCUAAAUGUUCAUGUACAUCUAAGCGCACAACAUAUUUUUCUUUACCUAUAGUAAAGAAUUAUCAGGAUGAUGUUAUUAAUAUUGUAACAGAUCGAGAUUCUCAUGAAUACUAAUCAUUUAUUGAUCGUUGCACACAUCGAAAUAGAACUUUUUGUCCCCAUUUAAUACUGUAGCUAAGUUGACCUGAAGGCCGGGAAGUAAAACGAAUUCCUUGCUCCUCUGUGCUUCUUGCCUAACCUACACUUGUAGGUCACCAGCACAUCCAAAUCUGCUUCUGAGAAGAACCGGGAAGGGGAAUGACUGAAUGUCAGAUUCUUUCUACGGGCACCGAACAGAACUAAGUAAUCGAAGCAAAUCUCGGUGUUGUACACGAUAUUGUCGUUGAACUAAAGAAUUAAUAGUUCAGAAAAUGCUGAUGUGGUGUUGCUCUACUUUAUCUCAAGUUGCCCAAUUUUCAAUUUUAGGCCGUGUAACCUUGACUGUCGCCCACUGUAAAGAAGGUAAGCUGUCCCAGUUUAGUUUUCACAUUUUAUAACCUGUACUAAAACAUGUUUAUCAGUGAUGAGGCUACUCGCCUUCCGUCAUUGUAACCCAGGCUCAUUCCUGAUCUUUCAGUCGAUGCCAUGUGUGGAUCAAGGUUUGGUUUAACUUCUGGUGGGGCAAAAGAAGUUCCAGUCAAAAAGUGUUAAAAUACAAAAUUAAUCUCUUCUUUCGGAUAGCUCCCUUAAACGGUUAGCCAGCUUUGGUCCCUGCCUGUCGUCAGACAUCUUCUAUGACUCUCUAUGAGGCGGACAUCUCACUGAAUCGAACACUAAGUGUUGGCCCCUGCCGUUCUUUAGUCAUUUUCUUUUACUCUCUAUAAGACGGACACCUAGAGUUGGUCCCUGCCAUUCUUCAGUCAUUUUCUUCCACUCUCUCUAAGGCGGAAACUUCCCUAAAUCGGACAAUAAGAGUUUUUAACUGCUGUUCUUUAGUCAUUUUCGAUGACUAUCAAGAACGGGGACACUUCUCGAAAAUAAAACCCUAGGGUCCCCAGCGAUGUUCUUCCAUUUUCCUUGUCUCUGUAAGACGGAGCGGACAUCUCUCAUAAAGUAGAGACGGCCCCAGUGGUGUCCAUCAUAGAGAGAGUUGGCUCUAAAAUGCUGUAGCUCUUUGGAGUUGAGUAUGACCCAUUGAAAGCAUUAACUUUUCAGUCUUGUGAUAGGUCUUUGGCAAUAGUUGGUCACGUGAUCAACUUUCUGUAAACACGAAAAUACUUUGCUUUUGGAAAAUUGUGUUAGCAGGAACUGAAAAUGCAUAUUAAACUUAAUAAGUAACUUGUGAAUUUUUAGUCGCAUAUCUCAAAAGUGGUGAUUGCAACGGCUGCCGAAAAUUAGAAGGAUUUGUGUGAGUACAUGAUCAACUAAUGCAAAAGGCCUAUGGACAGAGUGUAUUCUCUCCCGGCAUGGUAUUAAAAGAAAAAAAUACCGUCUGGUUUUUCCUUGCAGCUUUAAUUGCUGAUAAGGUGGAGAUGAAGUACAAGGAACUGAGGCGCAAAAAACGCAUGGCGGAGCUGGCAUCUGAUAUCUGGUCUGAUUGGCACCAAGCCCAAGCAAACCGUCAGCCAUCACAGUACAAAGAUGUCCUCAAUUAUCAUGAUUUACCCAAGGAGGCUAAGAAACCAUCAUCUUAG